AUGGUAACCAUGGAGAGGCUGUUGCUGUGCGUGAUGCUGGCAGUUGCCAUGGCAGUGCGUGCACAGAUCUGCCCAAAGCGCUGCGUCUGUCAGAUUCUGUCACCCAACUUGGCAACCCUCUGUGCAAAGAAAGGUCUACUGUUUGUACCCCCGAAUAUUGACCGACACACAGUGGAGCUACGGCUGGCUGAUAACUUCAUCACAAGUGUAAAAAGAAAAGAUUUUGCAAACAUGACACGACUGGUGGACCUAACGUUAUCCAGAAACACCAUUUCUUUCAUUACACCUUAUGCCUUUGCUGACUUGGAAAAUCUCAGAGCACUGCACCUCAACAGUAACCGUCUGACAAGAAUAGGAAAUGAUACAUUCAUUGGAAUGACGAAGCUUCACCACCUGAUUCUGAACAACAACCAGCUGGUUCUGAUCCACCAGGGAGCGUUCAACGACCUGCUGGCACUGGAAGAACUGGACCUCAGCUAUAAUAACUUGGACUCCAUUCCAUGGGAGGCCAUCCAGAAAAUGACAAGCCUCCACACGCUGAGUUUAGACCACAACAUGCUGGAUUUUAUUCCAGAGGGAACCUUUUCCCUUCUACAGAAACUCAACCGGCUGGAUGUCACCUCUAAUAAACUUCAGAAGCUACCACCAGACCCGCUGUUUCAACGGGCGCAGGUCCUAGCGACAUCGGGGAUCCUGAACCCCUCUUCCUUUGCCCUGUCGUUUGGUGGAAACCCUCUCCACUGUAACUGUGAGCUGCUCUGGCUCAGGAGGCUGAACCGAGAGGAUGACUUGGAGACUUGUGCCACCCCCCAGCAUCUCGCUGGUCGUUAUUUCUGGGCCAUCCCUGAAGAGGAGUUCCUCUGUGAGCCUCCUCUCAUCACGAGAUACUCCCAUGAGAUGAGGGUCCUUGAAGGACAGAGAGUUGCACUCAGGUGUAAGGCGAGGGGUGAUCCAGAGCCAGCCAUUCACUGGAUUUCUCCUGAAGGCAAACUGGUGUCUAAUUCCACCAGGACCUUGGUUUACAACAACGGGACUCUGGACAUCCUCAUCAGUACUGUGAAAGACACUGGCUCAUUCACCUGCAUCUCAUCCAACCCUGCCGGUGAAGCUCACCAAACUGUAGACCUGGUUAUUAUAAAACUUCCUCACAUCUCCAACAACACCAACAACAUCCAAGAACCCGAUCCAGGAUCGUCAGACAUUUCUACCUCGACCCGAGGUGGUGCUAAUGGCAGCAAUGUGACUGGUGACGUAAAGGGCGGGGUUGAUAAAAGAGUGGUUACAGCUGAGGCCACCUCCUCAACUGCACUGAUCAAGUUUAACUUCCAGAGGAACAUCCCAGGCAUCAGGAUGUUCCAGAUACAAUACAACGGAAGUCAGGAUGAUUCGCUGGUAUACAGAAUGAUCCCCCCUUCAAGCAAAAACUUUCUGGUCAAUAACCUGGCUGCUGGAACUCAGUAUGACCUUUGCGUGCUGGCAAUCUACGAUGAUGUCAUCACCUCCCUGACAGCAACACGAGUGGUCGGCUGUGUGCAAUUCACCACAGAGUCAGAGUACAUGAGGUGUCAUUUUAUGCAGUCUCAGUUCCUCGGCGGGACUAUGAUCAUCAUCAUUGGAGGGAUAAUAGUGGCCUCAGUGCUCGUUUUCAUCAUAAUCCUGAUGAUACGUUACAAGGUAUGCAAUCCAGGUGAGGGUGGCAAAGGCGUUUCAAUGUCAAUGACUACUGUUCACUCUCAGACCAACGGGCAGCAGUCACAAGGAUGCACCGUGACUCCCAGCGCCUCCAAACAUGAAUUGAUCGCAGUGGAUGACCUCUCAGGAGGAGCAAAGAAAAAGAGUGGAGAUGAGGCAGGUGGAUGUGGAGAAAAAGACACAGUAACACAGUCUUCUGAAUGCUCCUUACCAGACAGCUCCACUGCCACAUUGGUUCUCAGUCAAACGUGGGGGGCCAAAAGCCAAUCAGCUGGAGGUGGAGACCGGGAGAAAGUGGGUGAACAGAGACCACCAACCAGCGUUGCAUCGCCCACCACCGCCACCAGUUCCCUUCACAAGCCAAAACGGAAGCUAGCUCCCAGUAAGCCUGGCUCAGGUUCCUCUAAUACUCCAGUGUUGCCCGAUAACCUUCCCCAAGCCUCUUCUCCUCGCCCACUAUCUUCUACCCCCACCACGGCCCUUCCCUCUUCUUCCACCCCUAUCCCUAUUGAGAACCUCAACACUAACCGGAACAACUCAACUUCUCUCAACACAACUCCUCCGCCUCCUUUCUCCCCUUCUCCUUUCUCCAGUCCUCUUGCCUCUCCCAGCCCAGUUCCUUCCUUACGAUUCAGAGAGACACCCAUCUUGCAGCGAGCUCUUCGCACUGCUUCCUCCUCUGCAAAGUACCAGACUCUUCCAAUAGAGGAGGGAGGCCGAAGCAGAGCGAGGAGGAGAUACUCGUUUAGCGAGGAAGGCUCAAAGACUCUUCGCUCCCAUCAGGGAGCAGGAGGCGGAGCGCCAAAAAUAGGGCGGGUUAUGCGAAAUAAAAGGAGCCAAUCAAUGAGUGGGAUGUUGCUACCUAAAGAUGAGGACAGUGACUCGGACAAAGUGCGCUGUGACUCUGACUGGAUCCUAGAAAGCACAGUUUGAUCUGGAACAAGGCAGCACUUUUACAGCAAACUUUGGUUCAUUCAUUACUGUUCAACCUUUGUGUGAGUGUUUGCAGUGUGUUUGGAUUUGUUUACACGUGUAU